UCUUUGCAUAAGUAAUCAUUAGAAAAUACUUCAAUAUUUGUGAGAAAAGAAUAAAAAAUUCACAUUCAAAUUUUUCUUACAAUUUGUAAAGCUCGUUUGGUUUGUGGCCAUACAAACAGCAGCCAUGAGCAAACCAAUCGACGAGUCUCCGCUGACCAUUGAUCCGGAGCAUGAGUUGUUUUUUGCGGGUCCCUUCAAUCAGCCCAUUGUCACAAUUUUGACCCUACGCAAUAACUCGGAUGUGCCACUGGCUUUCAAGAUCAAGACAACCACACCAAAGCGCUACUUUGUACGUCCAAGCAUUGGCCUGAUUCCGCCUUCUCGGGCGAUCCACGUGGGGAUCUGCCUGGAGCCCUUCAACUGGGAUCAGCAGCAGACGAACGACACUUUCCUAGUGCGAAGCUGCCUCGCACCGACCAAUGCCGAUCUCACCGAUUUGAAUGGCUUGUGGAAGGAGCUGGAGCUGGAGCCGCAGCAGCUAUGGGAUGCCAAGCUGAAGUGCGUAUUCGAGAAGUCCAGGUGCAUUUCCGUAGGCGGUGCCGACACCAUUGUCCGUCCCGCCAUCGCCGAGACGAAGGUGGCGCUGUUGGAGACCCACAUGGAACUACAAAAAGAGAAUCUGCACUAUAAGGCUCUACUCGAAAACUACCGCAACUCAUUGAUCCUCAACACAUGGGACGAGGACUAUGUCCCAGAGCCGGCUGAGAGACAGAGGCCGUUCUUGUAUAUUGUAAUUUUCUUUGUUUCGCUCAUAAUGGGUUUCAUUUUGAGCAUAUACUGGCUCUGAAUAGGACUGCAGAAGAGAGCAGGAGCAGCGGCACCAUCAAAACGCCACAGAAAGAUACAAAAACCAGGAGAUGGGCAGCAGCAGGGGACCUCUAGCCCUCUAGAAAGUAGAAAGCUUCGUCUUAAAAGUAUCCAAAAAAACACUACAACAACAAGUUUAAUCCAAAAAGUGCCGUGCUCAGAUUUUCCAUGUUCCAGAUGUUCCAAGUAACAACAAAAGCAAAACCAAAACUUGGAUAAAUGUAAUUGUUAAAGAAAAAACUAGGAAAAAUAUUAACUAAGGAAACCACAAGCAAAAUUUUUGACAAAAAGUCCGAAAAAACGCUGUAAAAAAUCAUAUAAAUAAUAAAAGAAUGUCACGAAAAAAAA